AUGGAUAAGGCUUGGAUGCAUAUUGAAGAUAGAUUGCGUUCCAAUGAAUACGCAAAUGGCGUUAAACAAUUCAUAGAUAUGGCGAAGGCCCAUGCACCGGGUAGAGAAUGCAUCAGGUGUCCAUGUAGGAGAUGCCGAAAUCGAUCUUUCCAUCAUAUUGCUAUGGUUGAGGAUCACUUGUUCAUCGUAGGUAUUGAUACAUCUUAUACGGAAUGGAUAUUCCAUGGCGAGGAGGAAACUUUGCCAGACGCCACAUUUUCUGACGAAGAUGGUGAUGAUGCCUAUAACUACAAUGACUACAUUGAUGAUGUAGACGAGAUGUUAGAUGACAUCCGUGUUGGGUCCUUUAUGGAUGAUUCUAGUAGAACAGAAUUGCACUCAGACGCAGGGCCUUCACGACACACCUCUGGUACUCCAAUACACCCUAACUUUGACGAGCUGCUAGACAAUGCAAGAACUCCACUUUAUCCCACCUGCACAGAGUUCUCAAAGCUAUCAUUCAUAGUCAAGUUGCUUCACAUAAAGACAGUUGGUGGUUGGACUGUGAAGUCAUUUGACAUGGUUAUAAAGCUUUUGCAAGUAGCAUUUCCUGAUGCUCAGUUCCCUGCCUCAUAUAACGAGGCUCGCCGCUUACAACGUGGUUUGGGCUUUAGUUACACAAAGAUACAUGUAUGCCCAAAUGAUUGUGCCUUGUUUUGGAAGGAUCAUCUUGAUAAAGAUGAGUGCCCUAUAUGUAAUGCAUCUAGGUGGGCCUCAAACACAACUAACCAACAAAGGAUACCCCAAAAAGUCCUCCGCUAUUUUCCUUUGAAGCCACGGUUGCAAAGGCUGUUUAUGUCAAAGAAGACUGCCCAAGCCAUGAGAUGGCAUGCAGAAGAGCGUGUUGAUGAUCCCAACUUCAUGAGACAUCCGGCUGAUUCUAGGGUAUGGAAAGACUUCGAUAACAAAUAUGAUUGGUUUGCCCAAGAUCCUCGUAAUGUCAGACUUGGUCUAGCGAGUGAUGGGUUCAACCCAUUCAAUAACAUGAGCAAACCGUACAGCAUUUGGCCAGUGCUACUUGUGCCUUACAACUUGCCUCCUUGGUCAUGCAUGAAAGAUCCAUAUUUGAUGAUGUCAUUGUUAAUCCCUGGACCAAAGGCACCGGGAAAUGAUAUUGACGUGUUCCUACGUCCCCUAAUAGAUGAGUUGACAGAAUUAUGGGAAGAGGGAAUUCGUACAUAUGAUUCAUACAAACAAGAAUCGUUUCAGUUAAGGGCAACGUUGCUCUGGACCAUCAAUGACUUUCCUGCAUAUGCAAAUCUUUCAGGCUGGAGCACAAAGGGUAAGAUGGCAUGCCCUACAUGUAACUUAGAAACAGAUUUCACUAUGGCUUGUGCAUGGUCGAAAACAUUGUUAUAUGGGUCAUCGUCGGUGGUUGGUGCCAGAUCACAGUUGGAGAAGGAAAAAAAAUGCUUUUAA